CCUAGGAUUGUCGAGAUCGCUUGCCGUGGAUCAGCAAUUUUAUUCGCAUCCCAUAUUUUUAAAGAAAAAAAAAUCCGUUCGCCGUUGUUCUUUCACUACCAUCAAAACACUGAAGCAAAAGUCUCGUCAAAGUAUGCAUUAUAUUUUUUGCCAAAUAUGAUCUCUAAUUGAAAGUUUAUUUUUGAUUUUGGAUGAAUCUGUGGAACUUAUGUUGUAAGAAGAAAGGGAGAACGAGACACGAUGAAAGAGAAGUCCAAAAAUGCUGCCCGGACUAGGAGGGAGAAGGAAAACAGUGAAUUUUAUGAACUGGCUAAAUUAUUGCCUUUGCCCUCAGCUAUCACCUCGCAGCUGGACAAAGCAUCCAUAAUCAGACUCACCACCAGCUAUCUCAAAAUGAGAGUAGUGUUCCCAGAAGGGCUUGGCGAGGCGUGGGGCCACUCGAGUAGGACCAGCCCUCUGGACAACGUCGGCCGCGAACUGGGCUCGCACCUGCUCCAGACCCUGGAUGGUUUCAUCUUUGUGGUGGCCCCAGAUGGGAAGAUCAUGUACAUCUCUGAGACAGCCUCAGUCCACCUGGGUCUUUCUCAGGUAGAGCUGACCGGGAACAGCAUUUACGAAUACAUCCACCCGGCGGACCACGACGAGAUGACAGCGGUGCUCACGGCCCACCAGCCCUACCACUCUCACUUCGUCCAGGAGUACGAGAUCGAGCGCUCCUUCUUCUUGAGGAUGAAGUGCGUCUUGGCCAAGAGGAACGCGGGCCUCACCUGCGGCGGCUACAAGGUCAUUCACUGCAGCGGCUACCUGAAGAUCCGCCAGUACAGCCUGGACAUGUCCCCUUUCGAUGGCUGCUACCAGAACGUGGGCCUGGUGGCCGUGGGCCACUCGCUGCCUCCUAGCGCCGUCACGGAGAUCAAACUGCACAGCAACAUGUUCAUGUUCCGCGCCAGCCUGGACAUGAAGCUCAUCUUCCUGGACUCCAGAGUGGCGGAGCUGACAGGGUACGAACCUCAGGACCUGAUUGAGAAGACUCUGUACCACCACGUUCACGGCUGCGACACCUUCCACCUGCGCUGCGCCCACCACCUGCUGCUGGUAAAGGGGCAGGUGACCACCAAAUACUACCGGUUCCUGGCGAAGCACGGCGGCUGGGUGUGGGUGCAGAGCUAUGCGACCAUCGUGCACAACAGUCGCUCGUCCAGGCCGCACUGCAUCGUCAGCGUCAACUACGUCCUCACGGACACGGAAUACAAAGGGCUGCAGCUCUCCCUGGAUCAGAUCGCAGCCUCCAAACCAGCCUUCUCCUAUGCAGGCAGCUCCACUCCUGCCCUGACUGACAGCAGGAAGGGGGCCAAGUCAAGGCUCUCCAGCUCCAAGUCCAAAUCCAGGACUUCCCCAUACCCUCAGUACUCCGGAUUUCCCACGGAAAGAUCGGAAUCAGAUCACGAAAGCCAGUGGGGCGGCAGUCCCCUGACGGACGCGGCCUCCCCGCAGCUCCUGGACCCCGCGGACCGGCCGGGCUCCCAGCACGACGCGUCGUGCGCCUACAGGCAGUUCUCGGACCGCGGCUCCCUCUGCUACGGCUUCGCGCUCGACCACUCCAGGCUGGUGGAGGAGAGGCAUUUCCACACCCAGGCCUGCGAGGGCGGCCGGUGUGAGGCAGGCAGGUACUUCUUGGGAGCGCCGCAGGCGGGGAGGGAGCCCUGGUGGGGCUCUCGCGCAGCCUUGCCCCUGACCAAGGCCUCCCCGGAGAGCAGAGAAGCCUAUGAGAGCAGCAUGCCUCACAUCGCCUCGGUGCACAGGAUCCACGGGCGAGGUCAUUGGGAUGAAGAGAGUGUGGUCAGUUCUCCAGACCCUGGGUCUGCCAGCGAAUCAGGUGACCGAUACCGCACUGAGCAGUUUCAGAGUAGCCCGCAUGAACCUAGCAAAAUCGAAACUCUGAUAAGAGCCACCCAGCAAAUGAUUAAAGAAGAGGAGAACAGAUUGCAGCUAAGGAAAGCACCCCCAGACCAACUGGCUUCCAUUAACGGAGCUGGGAAAAAACACUCCCUCUGUUUUGCAAACUACCAGCAGCCCCCACCGACAGGCGAAGUCUGCCACAGCUCAGCUCUUGCCAACACUUCACCAUGUGACCACAUCCAGCAGAGAGAGGGAAAGAUGCUGAGCCCCCAUGAAAAUGACUAUGACAACAGUCCCACAGCGCUGUCUCGGAUAAGUAGUCCCAAUUCAGAUCGCAUUUCCAAAUCCAGUUUGAUCCUAGCUAAAGAUUAUCUGCAUUCUGAUAUGUCUCCCCAUCAGACACCAGGAGACCAUCCUGCCAUCUCUCCAAACUGCUUUGGCUCUCACCGGCAGUAUUUUGACAAGCAUGCUUACACGUUAACUGGAUAUGCCCUGGAGCACUUAUAUGACAGCGAAACCAUUAGAAACUAUUCCUUGGGCUGUAAUGGCUCACACUUUGAUGUAACUUCCCAUCUAAGGAUGCAGCCGGAUCCAGCCCAAGGACAUAAGGGAACAUCUGUUAUAAUAACCAAUGGAAGCUGAUGUUUUUUUCUAAAAUGUUUUGUUCUUUAAGGAUCUCUGAAACAUAUUUAUCAUUUAAUGCCCCACUACCAGCAUUUACAAUGCCACAGAUUGUUAGAAUGGAUAAUUUAAGUUACUGGGUAUUUGGCAUAUGUUCUUGUGAAAUCAAAGACAGAGCACUGGCAUUCAGGGUUAUACACAGAUAAUGGAGCUAAAGUGAAUACACAGAUUUGCCCCUCUAUUUAUAUGGGAAACAGAAUAAAUUUUAAUUGAAAAAUACCCGUGUAGAUUAAGUGAGCAUAUAUACCACAUGAAAGGACAGAUGGAUGACAAUGCAUUAUAAUGAUCCAGUGAACUUCAUGCACACAGACCACUAUCCACAAUCUGCUGUAUAUACUUCACAUACUGACUGUAUUUCAUAAGUACACCCCAAGUGGGUAACUUUCCUUAACCCUAGCACAUAGAACAUUGGAAAGAAAUUUCUAUUCCCAAAUAACUAAGAAAGAGGGAGAUACAUCUCAUAAACUAGUUUUUAUUUGUGGUUUCAACCAUCCAAAUUAUUUGAUUUAGGCAUAAAUUAAGGAAAUGGCUCUGAAUCUAAUACAAGAAUGAGUUUUCACCUGGUAUCCAUUAUAAGCAAUCAGGAAGUGUGAUUUUGCACCUUACUUGUGAGUUCGACAAAGAACAGGAUCACAUUGACAAAGCUUUAAGGGUUUUUCUAAGUAAAAACACUGAGUGUUGGGACACACAUCAAAAGCCUGGUGUGCCCUAUUGGAAAUAGGUUAGUAAAGAUGGACAAGACCAGAAGCAGAGGAAAAGGAAAUGAUAUCUCAAAACAAACAAGUGUCAGCAGAUGUAAUCAACAUAUUGGAAGCUUAUAAAACUAACCAAAUAAAAACUCAAACUAACUCACCAGGAAAAAAGGCUGCUAAGUGAAAAAAAAAAAAGCCAACAGAAAAACUAAGGAAAACCAGUGAAGUACUACAUGACAGCAGUAUAGUUGUUUGAAGUGUUUGAACACAUGUCAAUGCACAGAUGUGCAAAUGUGACACGUGGAAAGCCUCAGGAGAGAGUCUAAGAUAAAAGCUUGGGCUGAUGGACAAGUGGCUAAAAGGGCAAGAGCAGUUCUCUGAAGGAGCAGGCAAAGUGUUCAUUUUCCAUAUUGUUUAUAAACAGCAAAAACAAACUUGGUCUUAGGUUCAUGGAUAUAGUAGAAGAUGUGGACUAGAUGUCGAGAUCUCUGAGUUCCAGCUCUGACCCUGCAGAUAACUUAUUUUGGGAGCAUUCACCAUGCCUGGGCCCCAGUUUCUUUAUCUGUAUGGCAGCUCUUAAGUUCCAAGUUUCUGUGGUUCAUUGGAACUGAACUUGUCAACCAGUUAAUAACCAUCUGAUGUGAGUUAUCAAGGCUCAUCUUUCUGGCUUUUCUGCACUCAGAGAGAGGUCUAGAUGCUUUGAAACUCGAGCAGGUCUAUGGGCUCUUUUAGACAUGUUAUAGCUACAGUCAACUUUCUAGUUCAGCCAAGGUAUAGAUGGUAGAAACUGAGGGAGAAGUAAUAUAAAUAAUAUUUAUUUAAUGCACCAUUCUCUAGUAAUCAAAGCAAGGUGACAUAAGUGAUUAGAGAAAUUUCAUAGAAAAUAUUUCCUAAGAGUCCCUUGCCUAAAACUCAUGUGAUAUGGAAGUGGGUGGGGUAUAUUGGAAGAACUUACUUAUCAUUUUGAAGGCAGAACAUGAUUUUGAGCACUCAGGGAUUGGUACUAUAUCUUCAUCUUUUAACACAGUUAUUUGAAAGUCCAGAGGCAGGUGACAAUCUGAAUGAUGGUAAUCUGAGAUGAAUACUGUUUGUAUAUGAGAAAGGAGGCUACAUAAAAUUAAAUAGUUCUUAAACAGCAAUAUUUGUGCUAAUGAAAAAGGUGCAAGUGAGUGAGACAGUCAGUGUAUACUUUAAAAAAUGUUCAAAGAAUAAUAAAAACUAAAAAUUGAACUAUACAAGCUCUGGAACACUUAAACUGAAUUUUUGAUCAAUUUGCAACAUAAGUACGGUUUUAGGAAUGCUAAAGUUUUUGUUGAAUUCUGUAGAUGGACAAAUGGUUCAAAGGUACACAUAGCUCAAGAAUAUGGUGCAUUUUGGAAAAUAAAUCUAUACAGGUGGGUGUUACUGAUGGAUACAUGUUCUACCAAAAGUGCUCUAAGGACAGAUGUUAUCAAUAUAAAAGGAAUGGAAUCUCAAGAAUCAAGAAAAAUGAACUGAAAUGAAAGAAAACACUGUCAAAGAAAUUUCAGUGUGAUUUUUACAAGAAAGAAAGUUAAUUGAUGAAAGAAAAUAUGAACUCUACAAAUAGGGGGUACUCAGAAAGAGUAAUGCACUUUAAAAUGGUUAUAACUAAUAUUUUUAAGUGAAGACAGAAUUAACUGAAUUACAUCUUGACUAAAUUUUUGCUAGAUUGAUCCAGUUUUACAUAACCCAUUUGUAUAAUUUACAGGUCAAAAAUUUUAUGGUAGCAGCUUUAUAACAUAAUACCUAUAUGUGUAUAUGUAUGUUCCCAUUUAAAACUAAACUUAAAUUGGAAUUAGUUUUAAAAUUUGAUUUUCAUAACUUUGUUAAAUGCUGAGAAUUGGUUGAAAUAGAGAGAGAAGUACGAUUUUUCUAUCACUUUGGGGAUUCAUAAAAAUGUGUUAUAUCCAGUUACUAGUACAUGUGUGGCAAUUCGUUAGAUGAUACAAACCUCAUGCUUUCUAAUAAUGGUAGGAAUAUUUUUAUUUCCCAUUUUACCUGUCUGCCUACCUAACUUAAAGACUUGUAUGACCAAAGAAAUAAAUGAAUAUUUGCCCAUCUUCCUUGGGAAAUUUUAGUUAAAACUAUUAUUGAGAAUUUACAGAUUUGGCAUAUUAUUUUUGGAUGCAUAAUAUUAAUGUCCCAAUCACUACAGGUCAACAUUUAGAUGUGUUACACAGAGUUUUUUUUGGCAUAGUAUGCUGAAUAUAAUGGACUGGCUUUUUCUAAACUGUAAUUGCCUGAUAUAGGGUAAUAUGACACAGGGCUGGUAUGACACUCAAUAUGAAAGACAGGAUGCAGUAAAAGAUUUGCCUUCAGUGUUUAGACAGAAAACUCAUUUAUUCUUUCUUGAUUAUAUUUUAUAGGGCUAGAAUAUUUCCACUGGGUACUAUCCUUAAUUCUUGGUACACCCUGCUGCCACAUGCUGCCUCUGGGCAGAGAAUUCCACUUAAACUAGACUUUAACGGGCUCUUCUAGAAGAGGAUAAUAUCCUUCAUUUUCUUGUCUCUUUUAAUGGGGGAUGAGAAUCAGUUCAAUAAAAGAUCAUUUGGAAAAUAUGCAUUGACAUUUUAAAAUAAAAUGAGAGGAUUUUUUUUCCCCAAGACCUAGACCAAAUGAGUUUGAUAGAAGACACUACAGCUAAGGAGACGGAGUACAGAGAUAAUAUUUUGUAGCUCUCUCUUUCUUUCAAGAGCUGAAUGUUACUAAAAUAUUCUGCGUGAUUCUAUUAGUGCUAGUAGCAUUUGAAAGUGACAGAGUGAACACUGAUAUUUGGAAAAUUGAGAAUUUGGCUAUUUGGGUGUCACUUACCUAGACCAGUGGAAGAGCUUACAUUUCCAUGUGCUCUUUUUGAUUUAAAAAGUUUUAGUGCCCAGAUUUGGUUCCUUCAUUCACUCAAAUUACAGGACAGAAAGAUGCAUCUUGUUUUCGGAAUAAUUUAAUAACAAUUGUGAAUCCUGUGGUUCUCCAAAUAAGUGAUUCAACUUUCAUGUCAGUGUCAGUUUUGUGAAUAAGAAUUUGACAGCAAAAUCGAUUGGUUAGUUCUAACUGGGAAAUGCAUUGUAGAGAAAACAUUCAUUUUCCUGCUAAAUGUCAGAUGAAUGACAGAACAGCUAUGGACAUGUGCAUAGAAAGUAUUCUUGGGGAGAGGAGUUUUUGUGUGGGGCUCAUUUCUUGUGCACAAGAGUUCUACGGGUAAUGCUGAAUUUGAAAAGUGAGAUUGUGCUCAUAUCCAAAUAGGGGUUUGCUCAGAGUUCCUUCUCUAGGACAGUAUGCAGAAAGGCUGAGUACAUGUGUAUAUACGUAUACACACAAACACAAGUGUAAAACAAGUAACAAGAUUCUAUUCUGCUGUGCUCCUGAAAAACUGAUGGUUCACAUGAUAAAUUCUAAUUAAUAAUUUAAUACCAAACUUUAUCAUUUUAUUUAUUGCAGUUUUGCUGCAUGGGACUUUGCUUUCAUAAGCCUAUAGAGUAGAGAGUUUGUCCUAAUUUUCUGAUCUGGAACACAUUUAAUCACAUUUGAAUUUGCACCCAACAACCCUGGUGUGUUUACAUUUCAAAAGAACUAAAAUUGGCGUGGAAAAAAUUUUAGAAAUACUGUAACUUUUUUUUCCAUUAUUUUUCCCCAAAGGGAAAUAUUUCAAAAAGUGAAACAUAUGAGUAGGCACUUCAAAGAAGAGAUAAAAUAUUUUGUUUGUUUUUUGACUGACAUGCUAUAAAAAGGAUUAUAUUUGUGAAAGAAGAUACUGAUUGCCAAUAUUUCAAAUACCAUCUUGCAAUGUAUAGUUUUUAGUGAUAUCGUAGUACAAGUCUGUAAUUUGAACUUUUACUUUGGAAUGUAAAGUAGAAAAUAUUAGCUAUGUCAAUGAUAUCUUGCAAAGUGUCCCCAUUUAUAAUUAUUUAUAUUGUAAAUAGCUUUCUGAAGUAAAUUUGAAGUUAAUGUGCAUAAAAUGUAUUUAUUAUGUGAGGAAUUUUUUGGUUUAAAAUAUAGUUAUCAAUAUGUAA